CAGUAGGGGUGAUCAUAAGUUUUUGCGUGUAGAAACAGCGCCGUCCUUCCCCCACCGCCUCUUUUUUUAACUUCUAGCAGAAGUGCGGAUGUGAGUUGCAUAUUGAUACGGAACAGGCCGCCACUUAUUUUUAAGCAAUGCGGGCUUAGGCAAUGAUCAUUUUGUGGAGCUAUGAAUCCAGAGGAGCAGACGGUAACGUGGUUGAUAUCACUGGGAGUGCUCAGCUCGCCUAAAAAGAACAUAGCGGACCCGGAGGAGUUUUUGAAAACAUCGCUGAAGGAUGGGGUCGUCCUGUGUAAGCUCACGGAGCGGCUCAUACCUGGCUUCACGCCCAAGUACUGCCAGGAUCCGAGGACUGAAGCCGACUGCGUUUCCAACAUAAAGGAGUUUUUGAGAGGAUGCUCGACCCUGAAAGUGGAGGGGUUUGAACCAGAGUGUUUAUACACUGGCGAGAAUUUUGGCAAGGUCCUAACAACUUUGCUGGCAGUCAACUUUGCCACACAAGAUUGUACUCCUGAGAGAUGUUCACAGCCCAGCGCUUCCUCUCCUAGUCAGGCGACAUCUUCACAUACGCUGUCCUCUGCCAAAUCAAAAGGCUCUCUGCGCAGACAAUCCAAAUCCGUGGAAAUGUCUGAGAACGGUGGCGGAGGGCAGCUGAGGGUAAAGGCCCGCUUCAACUUCAAGCAGAACAACGAGGACGAGCUGUCGUUCGAGAAAGGCGAAUUAAUACUUGUGACGCGGCAGGAGGAAGGGGGAUGGUGGGAGGGCAUGCUCAACGGCAAGACCGGCUGGUUUCCCAGCAACUACGUCCGCGAGAUCAAACCCUGUGACAAGCCAGUGUCUCCUAAAGGAACUCCGCUGACCAAGAACUACUACAGUGUGGUCGUACAGGACAUCCUGGACCACGAGCGGGAGUUUGUCAAAGAAUUACAAACAGUGCUGAGCUGCUACCUACGGCCCCUGCAAGCCAGCGACAAACUGAACAGUGCCGACAGCGCCACACUGUGUGGAAACCUGGAGGAGAUUCUUACCUUCCAGCAAGGGCUGUGUUUAGCUUUGGAGGAAUGUACCAAGGUCCCAGAGGGGCAGCAGCGAGUGGCGGGCUGCUACUUAAACCUGAUGUGUCAGAUCAAGACUCUGUACCUGGCGUAUUGCUCCAGCCACCCUCUGGCCGUCUCCAUCCUCACGGACCACAGUGAGGAUCUGGACAAGUUCAUGGAGAGCCAGGGAGCGAGUGGUUCGGGUAUCCUGGCGCUGACCACCAGCCUCAGUAAGCCCUUCAUGAGGCUCGACAAAUACCCCACUCUGCUGCAGGAGCUAGAGAGACAUGUCGAGGAAGCCCACCCAGACUAUACUGACAUUGUAAAGGCAACAGCAGCAUUUAGGAGCUUAGUGGCGCAGUGCCACGACCUGCGGAAGCGAAAGAACCUGGAGCUCCAGAUCUUGUCGGAGCCGGUGCGCGGCUGGGAGGGGGACAGCAUGAAGAGCCUGGGCCACGUGGCCUACAUGUCCCAGGUCCAUGUGAGAAAUGGCUGCAGUGAGGAAAAAGAGGAGCGCUACCUAAUGCUUUUUCCAAAUAUGUUGGUCAUGCUCUCUGCCAGUUCCCGGAUGAGUGGCUUUAUUUAUCAGGGAAAACUGCCGCUGACGGGGACCAUCGUCACGAGGCACGCGGAGGAUGCAGACAAUGCCCACUUCGCUUUCGACAUCACAGGAAGCAUGAUUGAACGUAUCACGGUGUUCUGCAGUAGCGCUCAGGAGUUACAGGAAUGGCUCGAGAGUCUUCAGCCUUUCACCAAAGGAGGCAGCCCUGCAGGCACAAUUUCAAAGAACGUGGAGAUCAGGCAAAUGAGUUCGGGCGGUGCCACCCUGACCCACCUGGGCGGCCACGGCUCUUUCAGUCGCGGCCCCAUGGAGCCGCCAAAGAUCAGCAAGCCCUGGUCUCUUAGCUGCCUGCGCCCGGCGCCUCCCCUCAAGCCCUCGGCUGCGCUCGGCUACAAAGAGAGGAUGUCUUAUAUCAUGAAGGACUCCAGCAAGAGCCCUCGGCCGAUGAAGAAGUUUCUACCAGGCAACAAGAAGAAAGAGCGCAAGCACUCUGACGACGAGGUUCAGGCGAGGAAAAGUAGUUUGACAGGCACGGUCGGUCUGGAGGAGGAUGCUCAGAUACUGAGAGUGAUUGAGGCUUAUUGCACGGGAGCCAGCCUGCACCAGACGACCACAGCAGUGCGGAAAGAGUGCGUCCCUCAGGUGCUUCUCCCAGAGGAGGAGAAGAUCAUCGUGGAGGAGAUGAAGAGCAACGGGCAGACGGUUAUUGAGGAAAAGAGUCUAGUCGACGCUGUGUAUGCUUUAAAGGACGAGGUCCAUGAAUUAAAAAAAGAGAAUAAGUGGAUGAAGCAGUUCCUGGAGGAGGAGCAGAAGUCUCGCAAAGAGUUGGAGAGAAUGGUCCGAAAACUGGCCAAGCAGAAGAAUGACUGCUCUUGGGACGACGUUAGCCACUGAGCACCUCCAUUCAGUCUCUGUCGUGUGUAUGUGUUAUGUAAGCAUGCUUGCUGGGGGGCCGGCUGGGGGGGGGUGCAGGAAGGGUCAUGUGUGUGUGCGUGUAUAUUUGUGUUCCUGUGUUGCGUCUCUACAUUUCAGUCACACACAGCAGAGUUGGACUCCCUGUCCCUCGCUCUUUCUUUCUCUUUCGGAGCCGCUUUUACUUCGAGUUCUGGAGCCCGACUCGAUGGAAUCUUGACCCGUCUUCCUGAUCCAGCCUCGCCAGGUGAGGCCACGAACGCGCUUCCUCGUGGAGCCGCUCCGUCGCACCAAGAACUUUCAAACAUACUGUCACUGUGAACACUCCCCAGCGAAAAGGAACGAUCCUGGACAAGGACAAAAAAAAAAAAAAAAAAAAAAACGAUUUCUCCGCUGCUUCUUUUGCUUCAGUUGGAAAUAGAAAAGGAGUACGAAGCCAUCGAGUCUAAUAGGUUUACUCUUUCGUGCACCACUGUCACGAAGGGGACUGAUGUUCUGCUCUUCUCGUCAGGACUUUGUCAUAUUUUAUUUGUCACGGCGGGGGAAAUAGAUUUAUUGUGCUUUCACGUGUGACUUGCUUUUUUGUAACGUUCUCAACAUUCACACCACACAUUUCCAGGCAGUUUAUUAUUAUUAUUUUUCUUUUUUUUUCCCGGUGUUCAAGCAAGUCAAACAGGUUAGCUCAUCACCUUCAAACUCCAAACCUCGACUUUUUAUUUAAAAACUGCAUGAAUGUACAGUGUUUCUACAGUAUGAAUUCUGCACCAGAAAUGUGAUAAUCGAGAUAUUUAGUCCAAAGCUAUCAGGGAAGCAGCUGCUUAAAAAAAAAAGAAAAAGAAAAUAGGAAAGACUUAACUGUGUAUCGUUUAUUACACCAGAGUAUGCAAAUAAUGAACAUUACCCUUACUCUUCUAACUAAACUAUAUUCAAGAAUCCUUUUAACAUUUUAAAUAUAUAGCCUUGCUUUAUUUAGAUUUUUUUUCUUUUUUUCUUAAUCUUUAUUUAUUGUUCACCCAAGCAUUUAAUUGUGAUGUUAGCCUUAUAGAUGGGGUUUUACUGCCUUUACUCCUGUCUGGAAAUGUAAUAAACAACACUGAUAAAUAUAGACAGGAAAUACAUUUCUCUGUUUUUGGCCAAGGGGAAAUUGCUAUUGUUCUUUCCCACUGAAAAGAGAAAAACUUGACUAACGAGAGGUUUCAUUUUGAGGUCUCUGUGGUGAACUGGUUGGUUCCUGCAAAGCUAACAGAGACAAACGCGGAACGAGGAUCGACGGAGAAAGACGCGUUUUUUAGCGUAGAGCUCAGCUGUUCAAGUGCCUCCCGAAGAGGUCGACAAACUUAAAAGAAAGUUUGAGACCUGACUGGGACUAAAUGUAUAAUUUAUAUGGAUAAUGUCACAGUUAACGUGCUGUAAUAAUUCAGUUAGAAUGACUCGAGCUUAAAGGGUAUAUACUGGGUCUGAGAAACAGGGCUCAAUGUGCUGUUUAUAGAUGCAAGCCCUUUUCUUUUCUUUUUUUGGAGGACCCACAGCGGUACAUUUCCUCAUGAGGUUAAGUGUGUGCACUAAUUCUAAUCUUGCUGUGCUGCAGACAAGCAUCGAAUGCUGUUGAAAUGCAAUAAGUGACUGCUUUACUGACUCUGUCCUCUGGCUUAGACCCAGCGUAGAUUUGGAGAAAUUGCAAUAAUAAGGAAUGAAUCAGCCCAGUCAAUUAACCAAAA